AUGGAUCUUCGCGAAAGCGCCAGCAGCGGAGCCUCCGAGCUACGGGAGGACAUGGAAUUCGACUCUCACGACGAAGCGUACUCCUCCUACAAAGAGUACGCGAAGUCUGUAGGGUUCGGGACGGCGAAAUUGAGCAGCAGGAGGUCCAGGGCGUCCAAGGAAUUCAUCGACGCCAAAUUCUCCUGCAUAAGGUACGGCAGCAAGCAGCAGUCCGACGACGCGAUCAACCCUCGGCCGUCUCCGAAGAUCGGCUGCAAGGCGAGCAUGCACGUGAAGAGGAGGCAGGAUGGGAAAUGGUACAUUCACAGCUUUGUCAAAGACCACAACCACGAACUCUUGCCCGCCCAAGCUCACUUCUUCAGGAGCCAUAAGAACAGUGCCACCGCCGCGAAUCCCAUCGACAACGGCAGCGAUUCUCGAGCUUGUAGGAAGAGGAAUGUAGGCGGUGGCGGCUCGGGGUCCUCCAAAUUGUUUGGCGCGUAUCAGAAUUUGGACUGUCUCGAUGGCUACAUGAGGAGCCAGCACGAUAGAGGAAGGAGCUUGGUGCUAGAAUCUGGGGAUGCUCAGAGUAAUGAGGUCAAGACUGCAGUUGCAGCAGUCUUUCCGAGAAGUCGACAUUGCUUUUGUCUCUAUUACAUCCUGGAGAAGGUUCCCCGGCAGCUCGAGUAUUUCAGCCUGUGGAAUGAUGCCUUCACUGUGAAGUUUCAUAAGUGUGUUUUUAAAUCAUGGACAGAGGAGCAGUUCGAGAAGAGAUGGUGGAAAUUGGUUGACAAGUUUCAUGUCAGAGAGGUGGAAUGGUUUCAGUCUUUGUACGAAGAUCGGCGAUUGUGGGUGCCUACUUUUAUGAGAGAUGUGACCUUUGCUAGUCUCUCUGCAUACUCACGAGCCGAGAGCUUGAACUCUAAAUUCGACAAGUAUGUGCAAGGAGACACAUCGAUGAAUGAGUUCGUAGAACAGUAUAAAGCGAUUCUGGAAGACAUGUACGAGGAAGAAGCCAAAGCAGAUUUUGAUGCGUGGCAUGAGGUCCCUGAGUUGAAAUCGCCAUCACCAUUCGAGAAGCAGGUGCAUCUCGUCUAUACGCAUGAGAUUUUCAGAAAGUUCCAGCUGGAGGUUUUGGGAGCAGCAGCUUGUCAUUUGAAGAAAGAGAGCGAGGAUGAGAGGACCACCACCACGGUGUACGCUGUGAAGGAUUUUGAGGAUGAUCAGAGCUAUGUGGUGGAGUGGAAUGCUAAGGGAUCAGAGAUAUGUUGCUCGUGUCGUUCAUUCGAGUUUAAAGGUUAUCUAUGCAGGCAUGGUAUUGUGGUUCUUCAGAUGUCUGGUGUGUUCAGUAUUCCAACAAAGUAUGUGUUGCAGAGGUGGACAAAUGCGGCUAGAAGUAGGAAACCGGUUAGUGUGAAGUUAGAUGAAGUGCAGGAAAGAGUGAGAAGGUUCAACGAUUUGUGUCGUAGAGCUAUAAUAUUGGGAGAAGAAGGGUCACUCUCUCAGGAGAGUUACAACAUUGCACUUUCUGCUAUUAAAGAGGGGUUGAAGCAAUGUGGGAGUGUGAAUCACUCUGGCGAAGAAGAGAAUGUGUCUGUGGACAGAGAAUCUGAACCUCAGCUGGACAUUGUGAUAUCGGGCAACAAGGCUCCUCGAUUGUCAGAAACAGGGAAGGAGAAGGGAACCAGAAGGAAGCAGGUUGCUCAGUCGGGCGCUACUACAAGUGUGGGAACACUGGAAACUUUCAAUCUAGUGGAACUGUCUGAUCUUAAUCCUGCGCAAUCACAGAGCAUGGUUCCGAAGCAAGUCCAGAAUUUGGCUCCAACGUUCCUCCAUACCUUGCCACCACCGCAGUUCCAUAACGUGGCUCAUCUACAUCAGGCUGCUCGACUUCACCGUUGACUUUCUUCAACAGUCCAAGAGCAAGUAGUCAAGUUUGGUCAGAUUUUACCGCCAUGGGACUCCAUUCUGAAAGGUAGAGAGUUAAGCUCGAGGUUCGCCAUGUACAGUUCUUCCUCAAAUGUGGGCUGCAGCCUGCAGGAUCUCGGGCUUACUCCGCGCCAUUUGAGGUCAAGCAGAUUAAGAUAAGCUACUUCGUUGGAUAUCAACUCGUUGUACGUAUAUGGUAGUAAUGUUGGCUGCUUCAAUCCUGUAGGGCCAACACCUAACAUACCGAGCAUGUAACACUGUUAGCUCGGUGAAAGCAGGUCGGGUUAAGGCCAUUUCAAGACGCCGACAAUGAUGGAUUUGGGCCAUUAUGCUGAGUUGUGAGUCGAUGUUGGAGAAAGAACUGCUAUGAAGGGUGCUCAUAUCAGUCGGUUCGAGUCGGUAUGGACGUGCUGAGCUUGAUCAGAAGGCUAUGUAGGGUUAUAGCUCUAUGGAAGGAAGGUUCUCACAAGAGAGAGAGAGAGAGAGAGAGAGCAUGAAUAGAAGUAAGAAGUGUGGUUAAAUCUCCAUGUUUAACGCCGUGUCUCACUCACUCUGCAAUCUGCAUUAGAAAAAGAGCGAAAGCAGAGCAGGCUGCGGGAUCCUAGGAUUCUGGGUCUCAUCCUUCUCCUUGUUGACUUCGGAUUUCCGGUUGUUGACUCCCCCAUAUACAGCCUACUUUGCUGGAUAGGAAUUGUAGAUUCUUGUCUGGAAUAUUUUUUUUCCCCUUAUUUUUUACUAAGAAUAUUGGCUAAUGGUUGCGUUAUUUAAUUGAUGGUUGCUUAACUUCUCUUA